UGACUGAGCUCGGAGGCUUCCGUAGAGGGGAGGAGCAAGAUGGCGGCGGCAGUACUGGACCGUCUGGGUGCGUUCUGGAUGCAGAGUCUGAGGCGGAAGCUGGCCCUGGGGCCAGGUGUUGUCCUUGGUGCUGGAACACAAAGGAUGCCAUGCUUGCCCUCGAUGCUCAAAUCUGUUCCUUACUACAGGAACUCAUUGUUCCACAGGCUUCUUCCAUCUCAGAGUGUUUUACCCCAAUCACACAUCCACACAAGUGCUUCUCUUGACAUUUCUCGAAGAUGGGAGAAGAAGAAUAAAAUUGUUUAUCCUCCACAACUGCCUGGAGAACCUCGGAGACCAGCAGAAAUCUACCAUUGUCGAAGACAAAUAAAGUACAGCAGAGACAAGAUGUGGUAUUUGGCAAAAUUGAUUCGAGGAAUGUCCAUUGACCAGGCUUUGGCUCAAUUGGAAUUCAGUGACAAAAAAGGAGCCCAAAUAAUUAAAGAGAUUCUUUUAGAAGCACAAGAAAUGGCAGUGCGAGACCACAAUGUGGAAUUCAGAUCCAAUUUAUACAUAGCUGUGUCCACCUCAGGCCGAGGCCAGUACCUGAAACGCAUUCGAUACCAUGGCAGAGGUCGCUUUGGGAUCAUGGAGAAGGUUUAUUGCCAUUAUUUUGUGAAGCUGGUAGAAGGCCCUCCACCUUUACCUGAACCACCAAAGACAGCGGUCACCCAUGCCAAAGAAUACAUUCAGCAGCUUCGGAACCGGACCAUCAUUCACACUCUAUGAUGGCGGCAUUCAGACUCCACAGUGUGUAUAGUUUGCCAUUUAUUUCCUGAAAACAAACAGUGAUUAAAGACAGAUGCUUUUUAUGA